CAUGUCACGGUGUAACACAUUGCACUCAAGCUUCUGGCCAUCAUGAAUAUGUAACCACGAUUCUUUCAGGAUAUUUUCUUGGCUGGCAUUAAGGCUAUCCUAAAGUGCAGCUUGCUUGUCCUUGAUUGAAAUUACAAUAGGUUAAAAUAAAUUUGCUUUCUAAAAAGCUCUUUCUUCUUUGGGGACUCAUUUCAAGUUGCGGUGUCAUCGAGGAACACAGUUGCAUGGAAUCUUCCAGAUACCCCUUGCAGUGGGCGACAUGUAUUUUGACGAAGUUGUACAAGCGGUUAACCCCUUCGGCCCUUACCAGAAGCGGGUAUACUUUCUUCUUUGUCUCUUCGCAGUACCCGAUGUUCUUCCCACCUUGGGAACUGUCUUUUUGUUCGCCACCCCAGAACACAGGUGCGCUGUUCCAGGUGCGGACAACGAUACCUGGGAAAGCCAAGGACCCGAACAUGACGACCUGGUGAGGAGGACAGUACCUGUUGACCCCACUACUGGAACGUGGUCCCAGUGCCUCGUGUACAAACAUGAGUCACUGCAUAAACUGGCAAACCUGGCCAAUGACACAAUCGAAUGCUCACAAUGGGUCUACAGCAAGGAGAACUUUGAACUCACGUUUAUUUCAGAGUUGAACAUCGUCUGCAAAGACAAACUUCUCUUGCCGCUGUUGAACUCCAUCUUGCUCGGUGGUCUUCUUGGCGGAUCAUUGAUUCUGGGAACUCUGGCUGACAUCAUAGGGAGGAAGAAGACUCUCGUGGUCAGUGUCCUCGGUGUCAUCGCAGCGACCUUUGGUGCAGCUUUCGUCCACAACUAUGUUGCUUUCGCGGUUCUUCAGUUCUUUAUCUCAUUUUUCGGAAUGGCAAAGUAUUUGACAGCCUUUGUGACAGGCAUGGAGCUCGUAGGGCCUCAGCACCGCACUUUCGCCGGCAUAGUCGUCGACAUCGUCGGGACGAUAGGCCUUUACAUCACCGUCUUGAUGGCAUACUUCAUUCGGAAAUGGAACCACCUGCAGCUGGCUUUCUCAGCUGUCAACCUGAUAUUCAUUCCGAUCCUCGUGUUCAUCCCCGAGUCGUCCCGCUGGCUGGUGUCACGUGGCCGCAGACAGGAAGCGUCCGCCAUUGUGCGUCACGCGGCCCUCGUCAACAAAGCAGUGGUGCCGGAGAAGAUGCUGAGCCUGGAGGACCUGGAAAACGACCGUUCAGGAGGGAAGUUCUGGCAUCUGUUCACCAACCCACGUCUGCUAGUCCGCUGUCUCAUCGUCUUCUUCAACUGGUUCGUCAUCACAGGCAUUUACUACGGCCUCGGUCUGAACGUGGGCAGUCUGCCAGGUGACAUCUACCUCAACUUCCUGUACGCCAGCAUCGCCGAGACCUUGUCCUACGUGUUGUGUCUGGUGCUGCUCAACCGCAUCGGACGACGGACGCUGCACUGCUUCACCAUGCUGCUGGGCGGCAUCUCGUGUGUGGCCAUCAUACUACCCGUCCUCUUUGGCGACCAGAACACAGCCUGGGUGGCCACUGCGCUCUCCAUGGUCGGCAAGUUCGGAAUCUCGGCUGCCUUUGCCAUUAUUUAUGUGUACACCGCCGAGUUGUUCCCCACUUUUGUACGAAACUCCAUCAUGGGAGCCAGCUCUGUCAACGCUCGUUUCGGGUCCAUUGCCUCUCCUUAUAUUAACUCACUGAGUUAUUAUGUCGGUGGAAGCAUCGGAGUAGCUCUCCCUCCUCUCAUAUUUGGAGGAUCUGCGAUUGUGGCUGGUCUUGCGUCACUAUGGUUACCUGAAACUCAUCUUCGGCAGCUUCCGGAAACCAUCGAAGACGCCGAAAACUUUGGAAAAAAACAAGACAAGAACUCGUAUGACCUUUCACGGGCAUGGGAAGAAAUCUCCAACAAGAAAGAUAUUUCCAAUCAUAUUUAAUCAAGAUCAGAAUAAAAUGAGGUACAUGGUGAAGGCAGAUACAGCUUGCAGUCUCAAAGUUUCAUCUUCGUUGCUUGUGACAGAGUUAGACAAGAAAAUCUUAAAUAUGUUGACAAUGCACUUUAGUUUCCAGAAGAAGGACAAGAACUCGUAUAAUCUUUUACAGAUAUGAGUGGAAUUCUCCAACAAGGAAGAUCUUUGCUUACAUAUUUAAUCAACAGCGAUAUGGAAUUUAAAUAAAAUGGUUUAUUUGUCCAAGACAGUAAUCAGCUUCCAGUGUCAUCAUUUACAAAUUUCAGCUUGAUUGUUUGUGUCAGAGUUAAGAAAAGAGAAUAAAAGUA